GGAGAGAGAGAGAGAGAGAGAGAGGUGGAACUACUGAGCUGAAAGUUAGUGUUGGAGUCGCAGUGAGAGUGCGUGUGUGUGCUGGAAAGUGAAGUGUGUGUUUGUGUGAGAGAGUGUGUGUGUGUGUGUGAGCUGCUGGAGUUGUGGACUUGUGGAUUUGUGGAGAUACUCAGGAGAUCCUGCAGAGUCUGAGGAAGAUCUGGAGAGCUGAUCUGUGGGUUUAUGGAUGUGUGUGAGGAGCAGGAAUCGUGAGUGAGCUCGGCUCCUGGACUGAUCCACAGCUCAGCUUCAUCUCCACAGCUUCAUACAGGAGAUCCAGCAUCAUCUGAGGGUCCUGCACACACCCGUAUGGAGAUAUGAGAGUAUGAGACUGUCUAAAUAUAAGCCAUGGCACUGAAGGGACUUCUACCUGCACUCAUACUUACUGCAGAGGUCUACCUACUAGGUGUGGCCGGUGGUCGAGGUCCGUCAGUGUUGGGGAAGCUGGGGGGUUCAGCUUUACUGAAGUGCAGUUUGGCUCCUCCAGCUGAAGGCUCUUCUGGAUCUCUGCAUGUGGUGGAAUGGGUUCGGCAGGGCCACGACAUCCCGGUCCUCAUCAAAUUUGGGUCGUACGCUCCUCGAGUACAUCCCAACUAUGAAGGUCGAGUGUCUCUCUCUGGGGGAACAGCUCUGAGGGUGGAGGGUCUGGUGAUGGAGGACGAGGGCUGGUAUGAGUGUCGUAUUCUGCUGCUGGACAAACCAUCCGAUGAGACUCGGAAUGGGAGCUGGACACUGCUUUCCGUCACAGCCCCACCUGUGUUCAGCGAAACCCCGUCCCCUGUCACAGAAGCUUACCUGGGAAGAUCAAUCACACUGAAGUGUGUCGCCCGCGGCAACCCCCCUCCCACUAUCAGAUGGUAUAAAGAUGGAAUCCUGCUGAAACAGACAGAUACUGUGAAGGUCGUGAAUGGCAGUCUGUCUGUGGGUAAGGUGAGCAGACAGACAGCUGGACAGUAUCAGUGCCAGGCCUCAAACAGUGAGGGAAACGCGACUCAGACCACCAAGCUAAGAGUCAGAGGGCCUCCUGUUAUCCUGAUCCCACCUAAGGACACCGUCCUCAACAUGUCCCAGGAUGCUUUGCUGCAGUGCCAGGCGGAGGCGGACCCUCCGAACAUGACAUACGUGUGGACGAGAGACGGAGAGAACGUUUACCAUAUAGAGUCUUUGAAGUCUCGUGUGAAGGUGAUGGUGGACGGCACUCUGCUUAUAUCUGGUCUAAUCCCCAAGGAUUCUGGGAAUUACACCUGUAUGCCCACUAACGGUCUUCCAGCCCCGCCCACUGCAUCCGCCAGGCUUACUGUGCAGCACCCUGCGCUGGUGAUUCAGAUGCCCGAGGAGACGUUCCUCCCGACAGGGAUGAGGGCAGUGAUCUCCUGCCCGCUGGCAGCUGAACCUCCACUGCUCAGAGUGGACUGGACCAAAGACGGGCAGGAGCUGGAUAUGGGGGCGUACCCGGGCUGGACUCUGACCUCAGAGGGAUCCAUUAUUAUUGCUACAGCUAAUGAUGAUGCAGCUGGUGUUUAUACCUGUACCCCUUACAACAGCUACGGGACCAUGGGCCAGUCUGAGCCCACCACAGUCAUUCUACAGGACCCCCCGUCUCUGAGUGAGCCCCCUCGUCCAGAGUACAGGCAGGAGGUGGGCAGGACCCUGCUGAUCCCCUGCCAAGCUGAAGGAGACCCUCCACCUAAAGUCACCUGGACCAAGAUGGGUUCCUCCUUCACUCGUCCUCAGUUCUCAGUAUCAGUGAACGGCUCUCUGGUGCUGCAGACUCUCAGUAAGGAGCACUAUGGUCGGUGGGAGUGCAGCGUUUCUAAUCGUGUAGCCACCGUCACCGCCAGCACCACCGUCUCAGUUCUGGGCACCAGUCCUCACACCGUGUCCUCGGUGUCAGUUGAGGUCGGUGUAAACCAGGCCAACGUCUCCUGGGAGCCUGGAUUUGAUGGAGGUUUUACACAGACCUUCACCAUCUGGCUUAAGUGUACAUGCUCAGCAGGGGAUCAGCAGGAGUGGCAGUCUGUCCCCGGCCCCUCCUCAGGGACCAGCCUUCUGGUCGACGGCCUCCUUCCGUCCACAGAGUACCAGUUCAGCGUUCUGGCUCAGAACAAGCUGGGCAGCGGCCCUUUCAGCGAAAUCUCCGCUGCCAGGACCCUGGACGCGCUUCCUGUGGAGUCCAGGCUCCAGCCUCCCACGCUGCUGUCCUUCAACCGGAGCGCCGAAGGAGUUUAUCUGUGGUGGGCGGCGCCGUCCGCUCCCGAACCGCCGAUCGACAGCUUCAUCCUCCAGUCGCGGCUGGAGGCGGGGCAGUGGCUGAACCUGGACGAGGACAUCGGCGUGAAUCAGAGUGAAAUGCUGGUGCUGGGGUUGCAGAAGAACUCGAACUAUGAGCUGAGACUCCUGUCUCGCCGAGGACAUCAGCUGAGUCCCCCCAGCCGCUCCAUCAACGUGUCUACCUCGGACUCGGAUCCGACUAGUUCCCGCCUCCUGGAAUUCGUUCCCCAGCCUCUAUUGGCCGGUGUAAUGGGUGGGAUGGGCUUCCUAUGCCUCGCCCUUCUAUUGGCUUUGGCCACGGUCUGUGUGAUAGGCCACAGGAGGAGCCAGAGACGCCGAAAAAUGAUGGAGGAUCUCCCUCCUGACACGUGUAAAAGCACAUCCAUGAAAGCUGGCUCAAUUCCUGACAGCCCUGACAGUAUCUUGAAACAGAAGCUCCUUCCACCCCGCCCACUCUCCGGCUCCACCUCCUUCUCCUCCUCGGACCACUCUUCCCUUGGCAGGUCCAGUCGCAGCGAAUACCAUAGCCAGAGGCAACAGCUUUUACCUCGUGAUCCCCCACGUUCUUCCCACAAUUCCCUACCUGAAAGUCAUCUCCACAUCUCCUCUAACUCCCCAACCUCCCCUGUGGAGUUCAUUCACCGUGGCCCAGAUGGUCGCUUUGUGGUUGAACCUCACGACGAGCUUUGCAAUUCGGCUCCAGCGAGACAUGCAAUCCCAAGGCAAGACCUUCAAGGUCAUUCAUCAAGUGGCCCGGAAGGUGCCACGAUUCGCAAAUCCCAGUCAUUGUGUUACAGAGAUGAAAGGAGGCAUCCUCCGUUUGUCUUGUCCGUGGACAUGCCAGCUUGUGGAUCAGAUAUCUUCCGUCCUAGUAGAGGACAAGCAAUGACUAAACAUCUUUCACUUCGUGGAUACUCUUGCCAAGAAGAAGAGUUGGCAAUUGGGAUGCCCCAGGAUCAAUCGAGUCUUUCCUCGGAAGGUAGCAGCUCUGUACUCUAUCCAGAGUCAGCCAACUGUUUUGGGAAGAUGUCUUUGAAUCGAGAAAGCACACGUUCCACCGCAAGUACCUUGGUUCUUCAGAUGGAGCACGAAAGGGAACAGGGUAACCUCAGUCGCUGUUUAAGGCUCGCCCAAGAAAGAGAAGAACUGGAGCGUGAAUUGCGCAAAUACAACAGCCUCAAUAGGGACACUCCAGUCAAGUAUAGCAAGAAAGGUGGAUCGCUCAGAGUGGAACGAAGAAGGGUGGACCCUGAGGAGGAAGAGGAACAGGAAGCUGGACAAGUCUGGACAAGUAGGGGAUCAUUGGGAAUGGGAUCUUUGCAUAGGAAAGUGUUGUCCACCAGAGGGAACUCCUUACCUACUGCUUCCAGAGGUCCAGGUCCAGGAAUUUCCAGAGCUGCCUCUUGUAUUCCGUGGGAAGCUAGACCACCUAUGAUACCUAUAAUGUCUUCCAACAAUAUGGCAACAAUAGGUUUUGAGCAUCAAAGAGCUGAUUCAGAGUCCUUGGAGCAUUGUCACUUCAGCCAAAUGUCAAAUCACCCAAUGUCAUAUCACCAAAGGUCCAAAAGCCUAGAAAGAAGGGAGCACCAAAAAUCACAGACUAUAGAUCGAAGGCGGCGGAGGCGAACUUUAAUGGAAGGUCACCUUGAUGCCCUUGAUUCUGAACACGGAAACCCUACUUCAGAAGGACCUUAUUCCUAUUAUACUGCAGAUAGCAGUCCAAGAAUUCCAGGAACCUACAGUCUCCACAAUCAACACCUAAUUGUGCCCAACAUGAAUCAAUCCAUUGACAAGCAGCAAGAAAGGAAUGCAGAGAGGCUCAUAGGAAAUGUGCAGGUUGAUUGUGCCGAUUCUUGUGUGGAGAUGUCUGUGGAUGAGCCAGAAGAAGAAGAGGCUCGAACUCCCCUUUCAGUUUCAAGGUCCACAAUAGAUCACAGCCACGACAUGCUGGAUUAUCAACGACCGAGUUUGCAUCAUCUUGAAAGACGGAGUCGAGCAGAAAUGGAAGCAGGCAGCAGAACUAUUCAAAGAAACAGCAGCAGAACUCUUCAAAGAAACCAGAGAAGAGACCUUGAGCAAUUGAGCAGCCAAUCGAGCAGAACCUUGCCUUCCAAUAGGCCUCCUCACUACAAAGCUCUUAGCGUGGGUUCACAACGAGAGAACCAUCACAAAAGUACCCCGAGUUUAGAUGGCAAACAGUAUAACAAGCAACAGUUUCUCACACCUGAUGCCUGGAUUGACUCGUUAAGCUUGAGUCAAAAUUUGUCUCUGUCUCUUCACACCUCUUCACCUUCAUAUCCUACACAUCCCAACUCAGAGGAGGUACAGGACCACCAGAUACGCCAGAUCUUUCCCAACCAAGGGAACAAUUCACUUGUGAAUUCAGAAAUUGAGCUGCAAAACUCUCCAGUUCUCCGUCUCCAGAGGUUCUCGCCUGAAGAAUCCCCUGACGACUCUUUUUUCCCGGAUUCCCAACAGCAUGUCAUCUCUGAGCGUCACAGUCCAACCACUUUACCAAUAGUAGAGGACUCCAACUGGUCCUUGUCUCACCACUGCCACUCUCUGCCAGAGCAAGCCAGCCAAAGACAUGUGGAGCAGGAGGAAGAAGAAGAAGAAGAAAAAGAAGAAGAAGAGGAGGAAGAGGACAAUAGGCCUGAGGUGGAUGUGGAGAUCCAGGGGUACCCAAGCAUCCCAGAGCCCGAGGGAAGCUGCAGGAGCUAUGCCAGCCAGAGCAGUGGCAGGGGGAGCCUGGAUCAUCCCAGCAGUAGGCAGUCCCUAUCUCUCAGCCCUCCACUUACCAGCUCCCCAGAGACGACGGAGGAGAGCGACAGGGACGACGCAGCCCCGAGAGGGACAGUACUAAAGGAAUGCCCCAGGAGAGACUCGGUGGACGAGAGUUACGAGUGGGACUCGCACUAUGCGUCCACGCUCCCCGCGGACGCGAAAGCUUCGGCCGGCAGAGGCGGAUGGAAGUCUGGAAUCCUGAGCGAGGGAACGCUGGACGAAGGUGGGAUGAAAGGUCUUUUCCCCUCGGCCGGUUUGAUGGGCGCCGUGCCGGUGAGUGUUGCCCCGAGCUGUGAAGAGUCUGACCUGGCUUGGGACAUCCUGCACGGAUCCACGUGUUUCCCAGACCCAGAGCAGGACGGCGUGCUAUUCUGAGAAUCCGUGUGCAUCCUCCAGUAGAGACCUCGUCUUCUAGACUGUAUCUGAGGUGGUCAUCACACCAUGCCCUGAUGAACUAAUCGCCAUUAUGGGACUCUCCACUCCUUUUCCUGAAGAUCCAGUGGAGCAGAACCAGUCAGUAAACUACAGCCCAGUCUUCCCUUCUGAAGAGACGUUUACGAGACGGUCCCUCUGCAGGACGUUCAGCAGGAUCUGGGCUGUUUCUACAGCUUCUCUAUUCAUGUUUAAAGAAGUCGUACGGAGCGCCGGGAGGAAAAUCAAGGAGAAUGUUUUAUUAGAGAACUCCAUCACCAUCAGGCUUUGUAAUGGCGAUAAAAGGAUAUGUAAAUAUGAAAAUAUGCAAAUGGAGCCUGGAUUAUUGGACUAUGCUUUUUAUUUCGUUUUAUUUAUUUAUUUUUUUUUGCUCAGUUCUGUUGGAACUUAAAGACUAAACCCUAUUUCAUCACAGUUCAGCAGUUAUUUAAUUUUUAAGGGUCAUUAUUAAUAAAUGACGUGCCUUUUGUGUCUACAGAAUAAUGAUUUAAAUUUCUUAACACAAUUUAAAUACAAAACCCUGUGUAACAAUGUAUUUUUUUCAUUAGUAUGCAGAUUUACACUAAAUGGGUGCAUUAUUACACAAUUAUUACACAAAUUGAGGAAUAAUGUAAACGUUUUAUGGACUUUUUCUACAUUUUUUGUACAUGUUUUCUUUGAUGUGGGGGGUGGGUUUUGUCUUGCAUGUCUUCAGUGCUCAAGAAUAAUUAUUUUUAAUGGUUUCUUUAAAAAAAAGUAUACUUUCUUAAACCUUCAUUGAAGUAUUUUCAUUCAAAUAAAAUAUCAAACUGUUUAAA